UUCGGAAAACCCGAGACCCUCCCUCCCCUGUCUGCCCUCGCCCCAAAUCAUCGUCCCACACACGAAAUCUGGGGACCCGGGCAACCCGGCAGUUGACUCUUUCCCCAAUCAGUCUAGCGAAAGCUCCCCGCCGGCCGCCAUGGUCGAGGUCGCGGCGUCCCGUGACGAGGAGGAGGCGGCUCCCUUGGUCUCCGCCGCCGGCGAGGGCCGCCGCCGCGGCGCAGGCGCAGCGUCGGAGACCCGUGACCUGCACGUCCUGAGCUCCGCCUUCUUCUUCGUCUUCCUCGCCUACCACGCCGCCCAGAACCUCCAGAGCACGGUUAACACGGACGAGAACCUGGGGUCGAUUUCGCUGGGGCUGCUGUACGCGUCGUUCACGGCGUUCUCGGUGGUCGGGUCGCCGGUGGUGCGGCGGUUGGGGUCCAGGAGCGCGCUCGUGCUCGGCACCUCCGGCUAUCUCCUCUUCAUCGCCGCCAAUCUCGCCCCCUCCUGGUAUACAAUGGUACCAGCUUCGCUAUACCUGGGUUUUACUGCUUCGAUCAUUUGGGUUGGGCAGGGCACAUAUCUCACUUCUGCUGCCCUCAGCCAUGCAAGAGACAAUAAUCUAGCUGAUGGUCCGACUUUAGGAAGCUUUAAUGGAGAGUUUUGGGGAGUGUUUGCUAGCACACAGGUCAUUGGAAAUUUGAUCUCCCUUGCUCUACUGAGAAAUGGAAAGGACGGAGGAAGUGUAACAGGAAAAAAUCUGCUGUUUGUUGUGUUCCUUGGCUGCAUGAUUAUUGGUAUUGUAUUAAUGUGUUUACUGUCCAAAAGGGACGAGAAGCGAGAUAAUGCUUCGACACACUCCUCAUUUGGAGCUAUGUUGAAGUAUAUUGUUGCCCCUCUAAAGGACCGAAGGAUGCUUCUUUUAAUCCCUAUUAUAGCAUAUUCAGGUUUACAACAGGCAUUUGUAUGGGCCGUCUUCACAAAGAGUAUUGUGACACCUGUGCUUGGCAUAUCUGGAGUCGGUGGCGCCAUGGCAAUAUAUGGUGCAUCUGAUGUAGUCUGUUCAUUGGUUGCUGGGCGCUUUACAUCUGGGCUUCAUUCAGCUACAUUUAUAGUUUCAGUUGGAGCUGUUCUUCAGGCUGUAGUCCUAUUUUGGUUGCUACUUUUUUACAGUCCCAUGGAUGGACUACUUGGUGCAGCAGUUCCACUAUUCAUAGGUGCCUUAUGGGGUGUUGGUGAUGGAGUCUUGAAUACACAGUUAAGCGCUUUACUGGGGUUGCUGUUCGAGGAUGUCAAGGAGGCGGCUUUUGCACAGCUGAAGGUUUGGCAAUCAGGUGCCAUUGCAGUCAUCUUCUUCCUGAGCCCAAGCAUCACAUUACAAGCCAUGCUUAUCUUGAUGGCCACGUCCCUCGUCAUCUCAUUUGGCUCAUUCCUGUUGCUUACUCUUGUUGUUGAGAAGCCAUCAUCAACCACAAGAUGAGGCAGAGAUCCCUCUUCCAGUGUCCAGAUGGUCACUCCAUGUCUUCACCACGGUUACCAUGAACAUGUACAAUCACAUUCUGUAUUCACCAGUGAUGAAUCUGGGAGGGAAAUGCGCCGGCAUCUGUCACCUGCAACGGCGCAGAAGUUGCGUGACGCCACUACUUUCAGCCAUUGUUGUGAAGUCAAAAGAUUGCACCCAAAAUUCGGGAAGCAGACCUGCCCUGCAUUCUGGUCUGUUAGCAUGUUGCCAUCUCUUGUCUCUCCUGUGAAGUUUUAGUUGUUCCUACUUCCUAGCAAUGUUACAUUAUUCAUAUACAUAUACAAUUACAAACUAUUAUUCAUUCCUAAGGUUGAGUUUAAAGGCAUCUGGCUUUACACCUUCUCA